CGGUUUCCACGUGCGGAGUGCACAUGUCGUUAAGUGAAUCCCAACGAUUUAAAUCCAGGUUCACUAUCGUGGGCCAAGUUCAACGACAUAAAUUAAUUUCCUGUGUAGUUACCAAUAUCGUGCAAUGGCAGUGAAUCGAAUAUUUCAUCUGGGUGUAGGCCGGUAUGACAAUAUUUCAUUUCUUCUUUCGUUGGAUUUUACAGAUAUCGGUUUUCUUAUCUGACUCGUAAAUUUUAGUCGGGUGGUCCGCCAAACUGUGUCCUUAUCAGUUCAAAGUGUGUUUUAAAACUCGUAUAUAUCUAUCAAUAAACGGAAAUAUCCGACUGGAUGAAUAUAUAUAGAAAAUGACUUCACCUAAAUUGUAUAGUGAAUAGUUAGCAUUUUAUUUCGACAAAGAGAUGGAAAUGAAGAUGGGUGAAGAAGGCAAGGGGAUGUCUUCUACAGAGCAGAGCGUCAUUCAGAAAUCGGCAUACGCUAGAAAGAAGACGGUGGCCGAGGGGUUGCUGGAUGUGGGCCUGUUAGUGGCUAACGCCUCUCAGCUGAAGGCUCUCCUAGAUCGAGGGGAGUCCCACGAUUACUACUACGUCCUCCUGGUCUUGCUCGUCCUCUCCAUCACAGUGCAGGUCGCCAUUGGACUGAUGCUGUUGUUUCUGGGGACCACGGAGGGGAAUGUAGAGACAGACAAGCGAUCUAACAGAAUGAACAAUGUCGUGAUUGGACUUAUAUUUGGCACCAUGAUUCUCAAUAUAAUCAUUGGAGUGUUUGGAGUAUCUGUGUGAGAGUCGUGGCGCUCUUCUUUUUUUCUGUCUGCGUAUUCCAUAUUUCUAUGUACUGUAUUUUAUACAGCUGUUCACUUAAAAAUUUUAUCAAUGGACACGAUUCCUGCGAAUUAAAUUAUGUCUGAUCACCAAUCUUUGCAGAAUUCAAAGACGUUCAGAGAAGAGUCAGACAAACACUAUUGUUGUGACGUUUAAUAUUACAGUCUUAUUUUACUUCCAGUGAUUAUACAUUCUAUUAAAUGAGGACACGAUCUAAUAUUCAAAUGAACAGAGAUGAAAAUACCCCUCCUUGGCACCUGAUCCCACCUCUGGUAUGUCCAGCGGCCGUGUUUGCCUACUCUCUAUUUUGUAUUCUGUAUAGGAGUUAUGAGAUUGAUUAUUGUUCGUUUUCUUCACCUUUCAUAUUUGUUUGUUUAAACGUAACAUUAAUGAAAAUUAAAAUACAUAUACUUUU